AUGGGAGACGCUACCGCCCCUCGCCAAUACGUGCCCCUGACUUGCCACGGCCACUCGCGACCAGUACCUCAUUUGAGUUUCUCGCCUCUCGAGAAGGAAGAUGUGUACUACAUGAUCUCGGCUUGCAAAGAUGGCAACCCCAUGCUCCGCGAUGGCCAGACGGGCGACUGGAUUGGCACUUUCCUCGGCCACAAGGGCGCUGUGUGGCAGGCAAGGCUGAGCCCCGAUGCUACGACUGCUGCAACCGCAUCUGCCGACUUUACCGCGAAGAUUUGGGAUACCCACACCGGCGAGCUGCUGUACAUUCUCCAGCACGAUCACAUUGUCCGCGCUAUCGCCUAUCCGUUUGACCAAUCCGGAAUGAUUGCAACGGGUGGGUUCGAAAAGAAGCUUCGCAUUUUCGAUCUGCACGAUCAAAAGCCCCCCGGCGAGUCGGCAUCCGGCAGCCCUGACGUCGUCACCCCCGCCACCAUCGAAACAUCGCGGGCGUUUGAGAUUGGUGAAGGCGUGCACAAGGAAGCCAUCAAGUUCAUCGUCUGGGCACAGGACCCUCGCGUCAUCAUCACUGCAGCUGGCGAUACUCUCCGUUGGUUCGACCUGCCGACCCGCCGCUGUAUUCGCGAAGUGAAGCUCGAAGGCGAGAUCAAGUCGUGCGAGCUGGUUUCUCUGGCGCAGGCACAUAGCGCUCCCACGGAUAUUGGCGGUGGACUCCCCGUUUUGGCCGUUGCGGCUGGAAACACGGCAUACUUUUGGGGUGGUUCGAGGGCUGAGGAUGAGUUGAAGCACAUCAAGCUUUCUCAUGGUAUUGCAAGUGUCGCGCUGGAUUUGAAGGGCAGGAAGUUCGUGGUGGGGGAGGAGCCAGGCACUUGGGCGCGCGUGUACAGCUGGGAUGAUACCAAGGAGCUGGACGUGCACAAGGGCCAUCACGGUCCCAUCUGGUCGAUCGCGUUCUCACCGGACGGAAACCUGUACGCGACUGGGUCGGAGGAUGGUACCAUCAAGAUGUGGAAAAACUGCGAAGGCUUUUACGGGCUUUGGCGAGGGGGCGUGCCGGGUAACGGCACAGACUAG